CCACCAAGCUCCCCUCGCUUAGUCUGGUUGGCCCCAUGUUACUGAGCGGAGCUCCUCCCGCGGGCUCCGGCCCGGGGCAGCGGGCGCAGGGGAGCUCGGGGAGCGGCCCGGGGGGGUCGCGCCGAGGCGCCGGGGGAGCGGGAGCCGGCCCAGGAGGGGGCGGCAGUGGCGGAGUGGCCAAGUGGCUCCGGGAGCACCUGGGCUUCCGCGGAGGGGGCGGCGGCGGAGGUGGGGGCAAGCCGGCGCCCCCGGAGCCGGACUACCGUCCCCCAGCACCCUCCCCGGCCGCGCCCCCUGCGCCACCCCCGGACAUCCUGGCCGCCUACCGGCUGCAGAGGGAGCGCGACUUCGAAGACCCGUACUCUGGGGGGCCGUCCAGCUCCGCUGCUGCCCCAGCCACCCCCGCCGUCCCCGGCCCCACGCCGCCCCCGCGCCACGGCUCGCCUCCCCACCGCCUUAUUCGGGUUGAGACCCCUGGCCCCCCAGCGCCCCCUCCCGAGGAGCGGAUCUCUGGACCCCCCGCCAGCAGCGACAGGUUGGCAAUCCUAGAAGACUAUGCGGACCCAUUUGACGUUCAGGAGACUGCUGAAGGCCCAGCAGGAGCUUCAGGAGCUCCAGAGAAGGUCCCUGAAAAUGAUGGCUACAUGGAGCCCUAUGAGGCCCAAAAGAUGAUGGCUGAGAUCCGGAGCUCCAAGGAGACAGCAGCUCAGCCCCUGCCUCUGUAUGACACGCCCUAUGAGCCAGAGGAGGAGGGGACCACCCCAGAGGGUGAGGGGACCCCCUGGCCCCGGGAGUCCCGUCUGCCAGAGGAUGAUGAGAGGCCCCCUGAGGAGUAUGACCAGCCCUGGGAAUGGAAGAAGGAGCGGAUUUCCAAAGCCUUUGCAGUUGACAUUAAGGUCAUCAAAGACCUACCUUGGCCUCCACCGGUGGGACAGCUGGACAGCAGCCCCUCCCUGCCUGAUGGGGACAGGGACAUCUCCGGUCCAGCUUCACCCCUCCCUGAGCCCAGCCUGGAGGACGGCAGCGCCCAAUUUGAAGGAUCUGAGAAGAGCUGCCUGUCACCCGGCCGGGAGGAGAAGGGGCGGCUACCUCCCCGACUCUCUGCAGGGAACCCCAAGUCAGCCAAGCCCCUAAACGUGGAACCCAGCAGCCCCCUGGGGGAGUGGACAGACCCAGCACUGCCUCUGGAAAACCAGGUCUGGUACCACGGGGCCAUCAGUCGAACAGAUGCCGAGAACCUGCUCCGCCUGUGCAAAGAGGCCAGCUACCUGGUGCGCAACAGUGAGACCAGCAAGAAUGAUUUCUCCCUGUCCCUCAAGAGCAGUCAGGGCUUCAUGCACAUGAAGCUGUCCCGGACCAAGGAACACAAGUACGUGCUGGGCCAGAACAGCCCGCCCUUCAGCAGCGUCCCUGAAAUCGUGCACCACUACGCCAGCCGCAAGCUGCCCAUUAAGGGGGCCGAGCACAUGUCCCUGCUCUACCCUGUGGCCAUUCGGACUCUGUAGAUGUGAGGGCGGGCACUGUGACAAAUCUGGACCCAGCCCUGUGCCCAUCCCCUGGCUGAGGGCUGUGGUCCUUCCCAGGGACAAGUUCUGUCAAACCUUUCUUCCCUUCUCCCUGAGAUCGAGUGGAAGCUGGAGA